AUGAACGACUUUUGGACAUCUCACGGGUUUGUUUCUACUCCCGAGACGACGGAUGCAGGUAGCCAAGACUACUUCCAGCCGCAGCAGACUUUCCACCCCCAGCCCCUCCAGCAACACUUCUUCCAGGCUCCUACCCAUCCUCAAAUCCAACUCUCUCACGUCCACCCCCACGUUCUUCGUAACCAGCGCUCGACUUCUUCUCUUUCCACCUGGUCCACCGUGACAUCUUCCUCGGACACUCAGUCCUCCAUCUCCGACUUUGAAGAUGACGCUGCGUCUAUCAGCACCUUUCCCACCAGCAUCUCUCCCAACAGCUUGAGGAGCGUUCGCAGCCAUGGUUCUACCGAAAAGACUCUGAGUCUGUCGAUAGAUCCCAAGCUGUUCAGGCCUCUUGAGAACAGGGAGAAUGGCGGAGAUGACGAGAUGCUUGAGACUGCUAUCCCUCGGACUGCUCGUCGAGCGCCUGCGCCUGCCCCUCGUGCCCCGGCUUCGGAGGCCAGCAGUUCUUCGGGAUCGCCGCCCACGAAGGCGAAUGGUAAAGACGGCAAGAAGAAGACCAGCCAUGCUAGAAAGCAAAAUGCCGACCACAUUCCCCGACCUCGGAAUGCCUUCAUCCUGUUCCGGAAGCAUGUCGUGGACGCCAAGUUGAUUCCAACUUCUGUCGAGAUGAGACAUCAAAACGUCAGCAUCAUCACCGCCAAGAUGUGGAGUGAGGCGCCUCCUGACCAAAAGGCCCACUUCAACGAGCUCGCCCGGAUUGAGAAAGAAGAGCACUUGAAGAAAUACCCCGGCUACCGCUACCAGCCUGUCUACCGCCGCACCAACGUCAUCCGCCGUCGAGUCCGCAAGGACGAGGCUGAAGAGGAAAAGUGCAAGAACAUUGCGGAGCUUUUGUCGAAGGGCAAGAGCGGCGAGCAGUUGGAGGCCGAAAUCAAAGAGAAGAUUGCGAAUGAGAAGACUAAGAAGAAGAGCCAAAGCAGGAAGAAGGACACUGCUGCCGCCAGCGAGCUUUCCAAGGGCGCUCUUAGGGCUUUGCGGGCUCAGGCUCGACAGCGCCAACACCAGGCAUCAGGCGACUGGUCUGACGUCUCCCGUGCUACUUCCAUCGACCCUGAUACCAGGAGCAUCAGCACUGGUCGGUCGAGCGUCUUUACCCGGCAGUCCCAGUCGCCUGAACCCCAUGCUUUGGCCUAUGGCUUAGGCCAGGACCAGCAGAGCAUCGGUGGUAGCGAUGUGAUGGCCUACGCGCAUCCUGGGUUCGGUGACAUCCCUAUGGAAAGUCAGCAAUUCACUUGCCCCAUCGAUACCCAGAGCACCUACAGCCAAUCUUCACAAUCCUUCCCUUCUGAAUCCCACCAGCAAUUCCUCUACCCUCAGCCGGACUCCCAAUUUCACCCCUCCUUCCCCCAACAGAACCAACACAACCUUGCCGGGGAGUUUUACUCUCACGACACUGCUCUUCCCUUCUCUCCCUCUACUUCGCAGUUCACCUUCCCUGCCUCCUCGAGUUCGUCUUGGCAUGACGUCGCGAUGGGCGCCAACAGGUUUUCCUUUGACAUGUUUGACGUGUCGCAUGCGAGUCAGCAGCAGGCUCUUCAGCCGCCCAUAUCAGCAAGGUGGGACAAGGGGCACUUGUUGCCUCCUUCGAGCGAUGUACCGCUGGAGAACUUGCCUUUUGAUGAUGGUAUGAUGAUGGGCGAUUUCGAGGCCGCUCUGGUGCAGGCCGACGAGUUUGUAGCGUGGUAA